AUGAAUUGGAAUGUCUAUUCUUGCAAAUCCGGUGGUAAUAUUCCUUUUUUGAUAGAGGAGCAAAGAAUCGAGAGAGAGGCGGAGGAGAUGAAAGAGAAUGAGAAUGCUAUGACUGCGGCUGCAGAAACUACUGCUAUUCGUCCAGGCUCUGUUCUUUCUCCCGGAGAGGGAGGUGUUUGUGGAGAGGAUGAUGAGGGUAUGGGAGGAAGAAGUGGUGUUAUUCUGGAGGUGGUGGUGGAGAUGGUGGACUUGGUGGAAUGUUUGGUGCCCAAGCCAUGA